AGCCAAAUGGAAAGCAAAAUUUUUAAGUCGCGAAAGUAACAAAAGUGUUUCGAUAGAAAUUAUUUUAAAAUCUUAAUUAAAUAUUUAUAGUAUUGGAGUGAAUUUUCUCAAAAGCGCUCGGAUUGUUUUCAAUCAACAAUUUUUGCAGUAUGUGCAAAUAAUAAUAAAAAAAUGUAAAAGCGAGCUGCAUUCCUUUGUAUAGCUGCUGCGUCAAAAGAAAAUAUUUAUGCAAUCUAGCACGGGUGUGAAUAUUAAUUCUCACAAGAAUUCACCGAAGUAAAAAGAAAUGUAGAUUUAAAUUAUGUAGUGGUAUAAAGAAUUUAAAUCAGAGCGAGUUAAUUAUUUUGUAAAUUUCGGCAUCAGGAAGAGCUAAAAAUAACAACCACCUCCGCAUCUUUAGCAAGUGUGAACAUUAUACAUAGCACAGUUUUUGUGCCCUUUGAUUUCCUUUAUUUGUACGAGUAAAUCAUGGAAAGCCUUAAAAUAAAAAUACAAAAGUGCAAAUAAAUUUGUAUGCAGCGAUUAUUCAUCAAUAUACUUUAAGAAGAUCUCAGAUCGUAAAAAUGUCUGACUUUAUGCCACGCGAUAUGCUUCCUGACUUAUGGGAUGAAAUCCUUAAACGUCAUUGGACAUAUUUGGACACCGAUGGAAGCAUGCAAAAGAUUGAAGAAGGGAAAAAAUUAGAGAAUUGUCUUAAGGAGUUUCUGUGUAUUGUGCCUCAUGAUCGGAAGUUUUUUUUACCGGAAACUGCGCAUGUUCUAAGGAAAUCGAUACGAGAAAUGGACGAGUUCAAUGCAUAUAAGGCAAUCAUUGGAUUUAGAUCAAUCAGUCAUUAUGCAAAUAAUUUAUUUACAAAGCCUUGGCGAAAAGAGUUUAGAGUUUUAAAGAUGUAUUCAGGUUUCUAUCAGCAUGAAAUUAAAUCGAAUUUAUUAGAUGCUGAAAAGCUUUUCGAAGCUAUGGGCUACAGACAGGUUUCGGAAGAGAUUCUUGUAUUGGAUGGGCCUAUUUGUCCUGACCAAGUGACAAACGUGUCACGUGAUGCAAUGGCUGCCUACGUCGAGUGCCAAAUAAUGGAGCAUAUUUAUUCAGGUCUCAUUGCACUUGGGAUUACUUGUUCCUGGCAGGAUAUAUUUCACUAUCGAGAGAAGUACAUUGGAGGAUCUUCACAAGCGAUAAAAGGUUUGGGUUAUGCGAUUCAAGAAAGGCAAAUGCGAAAGGAGAAACUUAUAAAUAUUGAUAACUGUUACGCCAGUAUUCAACACUCACCACAAACAUACACUACACCGGAGUGUACGAAUUGUUCGAUUUAUAAUCGCAUACCAGCGGGAGCGCAAUAUGGAGUGCACAGCGAGAACCAUGGAAAUUGCGCUAUUCAUGCGCCGGUAUCGUCAUCAGUAACGAAUCAUUUAUACAAUGGAAAUAGUAAGAUGCCUUCAUAUCCAAUAUCUGGAUAUCAACUACCACACCAAGUUGGUUAUGGAAUCUCCUCUGCAGCAAUGCAGCAUUCCAGAAGUUUGGAUCACUACAGUGAACCGGUGCCACAGUUGUCACAUAGACAUUCUUUUGAUCAUCAACAAAAGGGUUGCACGGCGCAUCAUUACAAACCUCCGCAUCAAUUGCCAACACAAAACGUGUAUGAACACCCUUAUGAUUGCUUGGAUGGGGCCAGUAUGGGUGAAAGUAGUGUUUCUUAUGCGGCCGUUGUCGCUUCAGGUGGUGGUUCAAAUAACGCAAUGAACAAUUGUGGCAUGAACCCCGCUUAUUCUCAUCCCUACAAUGUGUCAGGCAACCGAUAUCCACUCCCGUACAAUAUUUCAAAUCAGUUGAACACCCACUACGCAACUCCCAAUGCCACGUGUAACGGUAUUAAAAGUGAUCCCUAUAAUAAUACAGAUAACGGCGGCUACGCUUCCGUGUCAAAGUCGCACAACUACCAACAACCGCCGUUGCCACCUAUCCGCCAAUCAUCUGUAGUGGCUGGUGGUAAAGAUUUCCAAGCAUACCGACAACGUUCCUUUCCCCCAGAUCAACAAUUAAUCGAAUUUGAUGAUCGCGCACCACUUAAAUCACAUGAUUUUCAUGCUCAACUACAUAGAUUACCACAUUGUAAUUCCUUUGAUUAUGAUCGGGAACGAAUUAUUGACCAGCAGCGGCACUUUGGCCGUGCAGCGAACAUCCCAACAGCUUAUGCACAAACGAAGGAUAUUAUGAUGGGCCAUCAAUAUGCACCAUAUUCCGCUUCCCAGCAUCCCUCUUCUGACGACAUGUAUGGAAACUAUGCUUAUGCACGACCAUUACCGAAAGCUGAUCGUUUAAAAAAUAAUUCAACAACUAAUAUUGCAACGAAACAAGAAAGAAAUUCAAUAAUGGAUGUUCUUGACAAUAAUGAUAAACACUUGCAACUGCAUCAAACGGAAUUGAAGGAUAAUACAGCUCCGUUGAAUGGAAUGUCUGGAAAUAGUUGCAAAAGGAAAAUGUCUUCACAUACCAACGAAGCAUCUGAUUUAAGUUUUGAAUCGAACUUCGAUGAUUUCUCAACAGUGGGGCGCAGUGAGCAACGUUCUCCGACUCAAGCCUCUAAGAAUCAAGAUGGGGUUGGUUCUUAUGAAUCGUGGAAUUAUGUUUUCCAAAACUUGGAGCGCGCUGGCUAUUCAAAAGAUUUAAAUGAACGUGGUGAUCUUCUAGUACAGGGUUUAAAUUUGGAUUCAAUGAAUUUGUCAAACGGUGGCGGAGGAAGCAACAGCGGUUCCAAAAACAACGUAGAGAGGCGACGAUCAAAUCAGGCGGAAGCGACAAAGGUCGGACGAUAUUCUAAUAAUGACCAAAGCAAAGCACCUUUACUGGAAAAAUCGAGAGACGAGAAGAAAUCAGUUGGUGGUUGUAAUAAACAAGAAAAAUCUAUAUUAAAACCGCAACCGGUGAAGAAAACAAAGUCGGGCUUAAAGCAAACGCCUAACCUCUCCACAACUACGGCGUAUGACAAUAAUAAUGGUAAUAAUGAAAUCCAAUCGGAAAAGAACAUUCGGUCAAAGACACGAAAGCAGUCUGCUGCAGUGACGUUGAACCCACAGCUGGCCGUAAGCGGUCAGAGUGAAUGGAGUUGCCGCUUCUGCACUUUUCUCAAUCCAGAUACCGAACGGAUUUGUGAGAUGUGCUGUCGCAGCAAAGAUUUAAAUCUUGAAGCGGCCGUGUCUCAUACGCCUACUUGCGUUUAAUUGCCUUUUAGCUUAUGCAUGCCAUGAAGUUUGGAAACAAACAUUUGGUGGAAACAUGACAAAGCGUUCUUUCUAAGUUUUAUAGUCGAACUAAUGUGAAUUUAAUUUACCAUAUAACAUGACUAUAAAUGCUGAAAUUAGUAUCGUAAUCGGAAUAAGCAUACUAUAUUCUGAAAAUCUUUAGUCAAAUCUACGCCGAGUUCUAAAACUUGAUUUUGGUUUUAAUUCGAACUAAUCUUUACAGUUGUUAUUUUUGUAGUAUCUUCCAUAAAUUAAGUUAUGGUAAAGAGUGGAUGGACCCUGAGUAUUUCUGUGUUAUAUUUAUUUGUAAUUGAUUUUUGAAUCCAUUGUUGAAACACACAUACAUGUAUGUAUGUAUAUGUGUAUUGUUAAAAAUUAUUAACAAGUAUAUUGAAAACAAUCAAUGAUUUAGUCCUUUAGUUCCCAUUACGUGCCUCCUGAUUUAUUAUCAAACAUUUCACAAUUUAAAAUAAGAAUUUGUGUGUGAAAUUGAAAUAUUAAACGAAUUACAAUAAAAAAUCUGUAUAUAUUUUGAACUUAAUAUAAACAUACAUAUGUAUAUAUCUACAAACAUAUGUAUAUACAAAGAGUAAAAAUGUAUUAAACGAACAGAACUACAUAUCGCCAUCUUAAAUGCAAAAUAACGUAUCAUCAUUUUUCACAGGUUGACAAGAGAAGGAAAAAACUGUAGAAACAAGAAACUACUCAUAUGAAAGGAAAUUUUAAUUUUGGUUAUAACUUCGUUAUACCUGAGCAAUAGCUUAAAAUUUUGUACAUAUGUAUGUAUGUAAUGUAGUGAAUUGUAAUCAAUAAAAAAAAAUCAAUUUCGAAUUUUUCGAUGAUACGUUGUUUUGCAUUUUAGAUGAGAUAUACAUAUUUUAUAAUUAUUUAAGUAACCUGAAAUGUGGAAAUGAAGAAGACAAUGAUUAACUAUAUAAAAUACGAAAGCUAUGAAAAUUCCCUACUGAUGGGGUGAACUGUUUGCACGCUACUUUUAUAUCGCGUUUUACAAUGGUGUGUUUAAUUAGAGAUCUCGUGACCUUUGAAGUUAUUUUAUGAAAAAUUUCGAAAAGAUAUUAUGGUCUUGAUAGUGCUAAAAUGAAAUAAAAGCAAGUAUUCGGCCCUAUUCCCGUUGUCGUUUUAACUUUUUUAAUUUCGUUUCCAAGUUAUCGUCGUUUGGUACCUACAUACUUAUAUUCGUAUUUCUCAAGUAUAUAGUAACGUCAAAGAAAGUUAUCGGAAUUUUAAAUUAAAAUUAAGAAAGUGUCAUUGUAUCUGGAGUUUGUAUUUGUUGGGUUGCAGGAAAUAUUUGAAUCAUUUUGUGUACCAUUUUUUCUUUAUUUUGAAUUUAAAUACAUACAUAACCACAUAAAUGUUAAGCACCUUCAUAGAUAUUAAAAUGCAAUUUUACAAAUUUUAUUUACUUUAUACAAACCUUGCCCGUCUCAACAGGGAAGUGCAAAUGAAUUAGAUUUUUUCGAAAUGCCUUUUUAAAUAAUAUUGAAAUUCAGUGGUUUUAUCUCCUUUCUUAAAACUUUGGCAUACCCAGAUUUUUUUUUUUUCAAAUUCUGACACUAAAAUUUCCAAAUUGUUCGUGUUAGAAAUUUUCACCUUCACUUCAAAUAAUCACCCUCAAGGAACGACUGUUACUAUGUUUUUACUUUCUAAAAUGGGGAAUACGAGUUCAUUUUCUAUAAAUGCCGAUAACCCCAAUAGUAAUGCCAAAUAACCAGGAUACACUUAAAAUACCGAAGUUCAAAAUGCCGACCCAUCAAGAUUCAAAUAUGCAGCUAAGUCAAAAUGCCAACAAACCAAAAUGCCGCCAUUUUAAAAAUAUUUUAUGUCCGUAUUUUUUACUUUGUGAACGGCAAAAGCGGGCGAGCUCCUUUUUCUGCCGAAGCACAGAAAGAGAAUUCUACUGAUUAAGGGUUACGAUCGUGUUCGUGGCCGAAGGCCGCAGAUCCUCUUAUGUACAUACAACGCCACCUUUCAUAACAUAUAGCUUCUUUGUUUUCAAUUACUUUACUAAAAUCCAGAAAUUUAACAUUCGAUCAGUGGUGUUUUCUACUUUGGGAACUAUGAAUUAUGAUUAACCAUUUUUUUAAGUGUAGUACUUUAUUUUAAAAUUUCUUCUGUCCGUAUUUUGAAUUGUCGGAAUUUUAAAUUUCGAGAUUUUGAUUGUCGGCAUUAUGUUAUACACCCCAAAUAGCCAUUUUUUUAUUUCGUUUUAAAACGACAACGACAAUAACUCUCUUCACCGUACUGAAUUUUUAUAGUUACAAUAUAUCGGUAUGUCUCCUCUCAGCUCGUCCUUUCUAAAAGUGUCUGGCUCUCAUGAGAAGCAGUUCUUUGCCGAUAAAAAGGCUAGAAUAUUUGCUAUCUAAUUUCUUGCACUUUAUAGAAUCGUGGGUAAAAUAUACCCCUUAAGAUAAAGAUUACGUAAUAGAAAUAAAAAAAGAGCGACUGCAGUCGGACGUUGUUGAGUAGAGUUUGAUAGUAUGAAUAAUCUAAAAACAUAUUUUUCACAAAUUACUAGCUGAUAUGGAAAGUUCAUGCUUUAAUAGCUACAGUUACACACACACACUGUAAAUAAUUAAAAAAUGAGCCUUAAAGUCGUAAAUUUGUUGAAUUUGAAUUGGUCUAAGGACAGAACUGAGAAUUAUCGUAUAUUAAUGCAUAUUUAAAUAAGUAUGUAUGCAAAUCGCUUAUUGUACUAUAAUUGAACGACGCUUCAGUUUUGAACUGGUUUUUGGUUAUAAUCACCUUUGGUUUGUGUUGUAAACUGUUUCGCUUAGCCCAUUUCUGUUUAACUUAAUAUGGACAUGUAAUAUUUAAAAUGAAAAUGUUAUAGUAAAUCUUCUAUAAUAUUAUACACAAUAAAAUAAACAAACUAAAACUAGA